GAUUGGUAAGAUUGGACUCAUUGCUUUGUAGUUUGGAUGAAGCAGAGUGAAUAAAUCGCUUCUCUGUCCUUUUCACAACUUGCUCCCUAAAAAGAAAAAGCCAUCAAUCCUUUUCGUCUCGCAAUUCCCGUCGUGGAACGUAUAACAGAGUAGUCCCACUAUUCUUCACGGAGCAUUGAGUCCUCCUCGGCUUAUUCACGGACAUUAUCCAACAACUUUCAGUGAAACUAAGAGUUACACUCACAAUAAGUCAUCAUGUUCACCGGAAUUGUCGAAGAGAUCGGAGUCAUCUCCAAGCUCGUGAAUGAUGCCGCCACCGGCAGCUCGGUCAUGACAAUCACCAUCCCCUCGGGAUCCAACCUCCUCACAGACUGCCACGAGGGCGACUCCAUCGCCGUCAAUGGCUGCUGCCUCACUGUGACUUCUUUCUCAAACGAUACAUUCACCAUUGGCGUCGCACCCGAGACGCUGCGCAUCACCAACCUCGGCACCCUAGUGGAGUCGAGCAGAGUCAACUUGGAACGGGCCGUCCGCGCCGACACUCGUAUGGGUGGCCACUUUGUCCAGGGCCAUGUCGACACAACCGCCGACAUCCUCUCCGUGACGCCUGAUGGCAACGCUCUCACUUUCCGCUUCCAGCCCAAGAAGCCCGAGUUUCUGCGCUACAUCGUGUACAAGGGAUUCAUCGCCAUUGACGGAACCAGCUUGACCGUCACUCAAGUCAACGAUGCUGAAGGCUGGUGGGAGAUUAUGUUGAUUACAUACUCUCAGGAAAGGGUUGUCAUGGCCAAGAAGGGCAAGGGAGAUACCGUCAACAUCGAGGUGGACAUGAUGGCCAAGUACGCUGAAAAGUCCCUGGCCGGUAUCUUGGGUGGUGACGGAGCUGCUGCUUCAAUUCCUCUCCUUGAAAAGAUUGUUGAGCGUGUAGUUGCUAAAAGCCAGGGGGCAAAGCAAUAGGGCGUUGGCGGUAAAAGCUGAGGAUAUCCAUAGAAAGACUAAGCAUUUUGAAGCGAAUUCAAACUUUAUAAUCGACUCUAGGCGUCC